AUGUCGGAUGAGAAAUUUAUCGUUCCAGGAAAUCUAUCUCUUAGUCAAUCUCUUGACUUACUAUUUUCAAUUGUACAUAGUCAAGUUGCGAAUAUAACAGAGAAGAUAAACAGCAUCAAAUCUGAAACAAAAGAGAUCGAAAAGUUACCACCAUUUUAUAAGGAACUCUGUUACUUACUCAAAUAUGUUAAUGACGGACUCAAAACCAUAGAGGCAAAUUUCAAUAUAACCAGUUGGAAAAGUUUGAUAACUCAGAAUGAAACAUUUCAAAAUAAGAUCGAAGACUUUCAAAUACUAGGACAUGAAAUCAGAGUUCUUCGUAAAAAUGUGCUGGCUACAAUCACAGACUCUAAAAGUGAUAAACGAGAUAAAUUAUUAGACGAAGCCCUUUCUGGAAAUAUCGAUGAUAGUAAUACCGUAAUCACAUCCUCUUUACUUAGGAACAAAAGCUUCAAUGUACCGACGUUUUGGGUGAAAAAUUCAAAGAAAAAAGAAAAGUUUCUAAGAAAACAAGAAUCUAAUGAUAAUGAAAUAAUGCAGAGGGUAAAACUAAUUAAGGAUCAAAGGAAAUUACAGCUGGAAGAAAGAGAACGUGGCGAGGAAGAGAAAAGAUUAAUAGAAGAAAAAAGAUUGAGAGAAGUUGAGGAACAACAGAAGAAGCUGUUAGACUUACAAAUCGAAAACGAAGUCAAAAAUCAAGUUGCCAAAAGAAUGGAAAAAGAAAAGCAGAAGAGAGUUAAGGAAAUCAAAACUAAAAAACCGGUCGACGGGAAACCUAAGGAAGAUAAAGAUUCGAAUGCUAAUAGAGGUGACUAUUCUAAUCAACCCUCGCUGGACAAACAGAGCCGAGAGGGUGGCGGGCGUCGUAGUUUUGACAUGACAAGACACAGACUUACAUAUAAAAAGGAUACAAUGCACAACUUGAAUAGGUCGAAAAGGUCAAUGAGGAGAUCCCUAGACAUACCCAGUCAUAAUCGUACUAGUUCGGACAUGUUAUCUACUAAGAGGCAAUCAUCUGAAGAAAAUAUUAGCAAAGCGGCUUUGGCAGCAUGGUCUUCUUUUUCAAAUGACAUUCCAAAGCAGGAAUCUGUACCAUCAUAUGUCUCCACUAGAAGAGACCAAAAUAAGAAUCAUAGAAAUAGACCUCAUGUUCAGCCAAACAGACAACGAAGCAUUGGACAAAUUACAAACUCCGGAACGAGAGAUGAUAGCGGCCAGUCGUCCAAUUCAAAAGUCAAGCUAAAAAGACAAAAAAGUAAAGAACGGGUACUUGGUAAUGAAUCAGGUAAUAAAGCACUCAAGAAAACGACUCCACCUGAAAAAAAGGAAAAAUUUCCCAGUGAUAUGACACCGGAUACAUCCCAACAAGCAUCAGAUACAAUUGACGGAAUCGAUCCUGUGAUGUUGGAACAGAUAAGGUGCAAUAUAUUAGUGCAGGAUGAUAUAAUCAAUUGGGAUGAUGUAGCUGGUUUAAACUCAGUUAAAGCUUCGUUAAAAGAGACCGUUGUAUACCCAUUUCUGAGACCUGAUUUAUUCAAAGGUUUACGCGAACCCAUUAGAGGGAUGUUAUUAUUCGGGCCACCAGGUACAGGUAAAACAAUGAUAGCUAAGGCUGUAGCUACUGAAUCCAAUUCUACUUUCUUUAGUAUUAGUGCUUCUUCCCUUUUAUCUAAAUAUCUUGGUGAAUCUGAGAAAUUGGUUAAGGCUUUAUUUUAUUUGGCUAGGAAAAUGGCACCUUCCAUCAUUUUCAUUGAUGAAAUCGACUCCAUAAUGGGUAAUAGAAGCGAUAAUGAGAAUGAAUCAUCAAGAAGAAUUAAAACUGAGGUACUAAUUCAGUGGUCGAAUCUUUCAAAAGCUGCUAUAAAUAAUGUAGACACAUCUGAUCAAAGGGUAUUGGUAUUAGGCGCAACAAAUUUACCGUGGGUAAUAGAUGAUGCAGCAAGAAGAAGAUUCUCAAGAAGAUUAUAUAUCCCUCUACCCGAUUUUGAGACACGGCUAUAUCAUCUAAAGAGAUUAUUACGACAUCAACCUAACGUCUUAACUGAAAGCAACUUUAAAGAAAUCACCGAGUUAACAGAAGGAUACUCUGGAUCUGAUUUGACUGCACUUGCCAAAGAAGCAGCAAUGGAGCCUAUUAGGGAACUUGGUGAUCAAUUAAUAGAUGCUAAUUUCGAAAAUAUUAGAAAGAUAGGAAAAAACGAUUUUACCAAAGCUAUGGCAACCAUCAAGAAAAGUGUGUCACCGGAAUCUUUAAAAAGGUUUGAUGAUUGGGCUGCUGAGUAUGGUAGUAUGGGUAGUUAG